GACAGAGGGAGGAUGGCUGCGAGAUAAGAGAGAUCUUACAGGUGUGGUAUUCUAAGAGCCUACAUGGACAAAACCCUCGUUUGCGAAAGGCGAUCCUAUUGAACAUGAGAUACCUUUGGUCCUUUAUUCCGAAUUAUUUGAGGAAUUACCUUUUUAAACCCUUUUUGAAGUUCAAGACAUCUAAUGGCCCGGCUGUUACAAGCUCGACAGGGAUGGAAUUAGGAGCUCAUUAGAAACCUCUAAUCACUUCAUCGGACAGCGCCGACCUUACAACCAGCCGCGCGCCGCGUCGCUCUCGUGCUCCAAAGUCCCGAAGUCCUUUUGGAGGGAAAUUAAAAGAAAACUCAUUCUAUAUCCUCCGAUGUAUUUUAUGGAAGGGACAACAGCCAACCGAUACAUUUCUCGGAUCACACACCCAAAUUGAAAAAGGGUACUCAUAUCGGUUUUCUAAGAACCAUAAGUGUCUGGAUGACCGUAAACCAUCAAAAGACCGAACCUAUUUCAUCAUGGCAUUGAGCAAGGCAUGCUCAUGAAAUGAGUGGAUGUGCCUGGUAUAGGGGGGCAGCAUUUAAGGAAGUUCCUUGAAGAAGAAUCAUCUACAUUUACCAAACCAAAAUCGGUGCCUCACCUCCCUGCCCUAGGGUGAACGUAGAAGCUUCUAUAAUUGUAUCAUAUCUUUUAUAAGCCAGGUUUCUCAGGCUGCCCUUUAUGGGUUCUGUUUGAAAUUGAAAAAAAUAGGCAAGCUGUGGGACAAAACAGAGUAGUAAAAAAAAAAAGUGAACCAGGAAAAAUACGUAUUUGUCCUGCGUUGUCACAAAUGUGACGACGUUGAACAUUAUCCGGUUCACCCACAACACAAACGUGUCUAAAGAGUUCACAAAAUCGCCCCCUCUUCCUCAGGACCUCCAUCGUUCUCCCCGGUUUCCUCCACACCGUUCCCCCUUUCCCCCGUUCUGUGACCCUGUGGACCGGUCUUUUCCUGCUGUGUUCGGUGUGACGUGUUGGGUGCUGCGCCCUCCGACCCUCCCUCCACCCCACUUCACCCAGCGCUGCUCUGAGAGGCGCCAUCCUGGCCGGCCCCGUCCCCGCCAAGGGGGGAGAGGAGGACUUCCUGACGCUGGCCACCUCCCGGCUCAGUCGCAGGAAGCGUGUCAUCGGCGCUGCGGUGGGCGUGGCCAUGGUGCUGGUACUGCUGGUGGCCAUCCCCCUGUUGGUCCACACCACCAAGGGGGGCGGAGCCGGCAGCCACUUUGAAAUGCGGGGGAGCUGUAAGACGGUGUGCGACCACUACCCGACCUCUCUGGCGGGCCAGGAGCUGGCGGCGGUGUCGCCCCCCCCUCAGGACUACUCCUCCGGCCGGCGGUCCAGGAGCGGCCUCCGGGGCCCGCCGGGGAGCCCCGGCCCGGCGGGAUCCCAAGGACCCCCCGGAGAGCCGGGUAAACCGGGGCCCCAGGGGCCUCCGGGCCCGGGCCCCGGGGGCUACACCCCGUCUCUGUACAGUCCAAAGAUCGCCUUCUACGCCGGGCUACGCAAGCAGCACGAGGGCACGGAGGUGCUGAAGUUUGACGAUGUGGUGACCAACGUGGGGAACUACUACGAGCCCAGCACGGGGAAGUUCACCUGCCCGCUGCCAGGGGUGUACUACUUCACCUACCACGUGCUGAUGAGGGGGGGCGACGGCACCAGCAUGUGGGCCGACCUCAAGAAGAACGGACAGGUGAGAGCCAGCGCUAUGGCUCAGGACGCGGACCAGAACUACGACUAUGCCUCCAACACGGUGAUCUUGCACCUGGAUGUGGGCGAUGAGGUGUGGGUGCAGCUGGACGGGGGCAAGGUGCACGGAGGGAGCACCAACAAGUACAGCACCUUCUCCGGCUUCCUCAUCUACCCUGACUGAAGCUUCUGCUAACACAAAACCACCUUCUCUGGCUUCCUCAUCCACCCUGACUGAAGCCCUCUGCAAACCACAAGCCUAGGCCUAAACCUAAACCUAGGCCUAACCUUAAGCCUAGGCCUAGGCCUGACCCUUACCCACCUUAUCUGUCUUUCUCAUCUCCCCUGACUGAAGGCAACUGCUAAACCUAACCUUGCUGAAGCCUACUACUUAUCCUAACUGUAACCCCACACAUGCACACACACUUAGAUACACACACACACACAC